AUGGGCGACAAGGCAAGUGCUUUACUCGCUAAUAGAUUGCGCGCAGUUAACGCCCAGUCAAAAAUCGGAUAUAUACUGACUGACGAUGGUAGAAAAGUUGUCAAACCCCAAGACAUCUGUAAUGCCUUCGCACAAUUUUACAGCAAACUGUACAACCUCCGGGAAGAUGCGGCAACGCACCAGCCCACACCAACAGAAAUCUCCCAAUUCCUAGACCAGAUGGCUCUCCCCAGCCUGACAGAUGACCAAAAACACCUAUUGACAGAAACAGUCACGUCACAAGAGAUAGAACAAGUGAUAGCGGCCUGA